GCAAAAUAAACAAUAUGGCGUUGCUCUAAUUACAGUAAUGAUAAAAGACCGUAAGGUUAAAAAAAAAAUGAACAUAACAAGCUUGUCUGAUUAAAAGAUAUGUCUGAUGUUUACAUCACAGAUGAACACACUAAAAUUAUUCCCAACAUAGACUACAGUGCUACUUAUGGUCAUCAGAAACAUGUACCAGUUAAUGACUUCUCUUUGGAAGAUCUACCUGUCUGUUAUCAACACGCAGAAAUGUUUGACUUAAUCAGAUCUCUUGCUGACCUAACGGUUAAGAUAGAGGUCAAAGGUGUGGGCAAACGAAGAAAACACUACUGGUCAGCUGCUCAAAGGACUUGUGUCGUAAAGGACCUUGGUGAAGGAGAGGUCAUGUUUGGCAGUGGUAAAGUGGACGAUGUAUUCUUCCGUACAGAAAAAGACGGGCAGUGCCCAUGUGAUGAGUGCCUAAUAUGUCCCAAGAAAGAAUGGGGCGAAAUCAGAAUACUCACCUCUGCUCAGUUGCUUUAUGAUGAGGAGGAUGCAAAACAUUUUAGCUGCACGCUGUUCUACGAUGAUGAUCAGCAGAUAGAUGUCAGGUACAUCAGAGGUCACAGGGUUGCUGUUCGAAAUGUGGAGAGAGACCUGUUAAUGUUUAUGUGCUCAACGUGUGAUUUGGAUUUAAUUCGUAAACUUGAAGGAAUGUUGGACAGGUUUGAAGCAUGCUGGGAAAAUGCUUUCGACAAGUAUGUUCAUACUGUGCAGUGGGACAGUGAAAGGCUAGUUGUCAUUGUUUCACAUCCUUAUGGGGGCAAAAAACAUGUUUCCCUUGGGAAGAAAAGCUACGGAUUUGAAGUUAAACCUAGCAAGGGCAUUAACUAUGACACACCCACAUAUCAAGGUAGUGCUGGAACCUUUGUUUUGAUUCCAGAUUUUGAUGUGAAAGAUGACAUUGUACCUAAAACUUGUUAACAGAAGACAGUGAUGUGAUGAUCGAAUGUGAAAUUGAAAUAAUCUAGUCGUUGUGAAUAGUUGCUGAAACACCUAUACAUCUUUAAGUUGUAUAACACUUAUGGAAUGCAGAUUAGUUGCAAUGUAAUCUUUCCACUUUUGAAAUGUAACAAAAUAAUAAGUGAACGCAACAAUUUUCACACAUUAUCUCAUCUUUGAACGUGGAGGUGUUAAAACUCAUUGAAAGUGGGAUGUGUGUGGCUAAUAACACUUGGCUACCUAUCAAGGAGGCUUAAACCUUCUCCAGUAACAUACACACACCCCCCCAAGUCCACAAAAGAGCUUGGACCCGAGCAUACUGAGCUUCAUGAUAUAAGCAUGAAACAAAAGAAACAAAAAUGGAAAGUAAAAAAACAGAGUACUUCUUUAAAGCCAACAACUAUUAAAAUUUACUUUGAUUGCCAACUGUGGGCUAAGGCUAAGUACACUUGAACUUGGCUAGGCUACCUAUGUAGGGGGCUC